AUGGAGACGCAGAAAGGGAAGGAGACAGCGAAUCAGGGGAUGAUCAUGGCAUUCAUGAAUCGUCGUGCCUCUAGGCCCGAGCUUGCAGAUGUUUUGAUUGACGACGAUGAUACUAACAUGCUCGAUGGCAGUACCGCUGAGAUUGCGGCCAAUUCGCCGAGAUAUCGUCGACGUUCGUCGACCUUUAUCGAUGGCGUCCACGACCUCCCAAACGAGAAGGACUCUCCGAUGGCACCUGCACAGCUGUAUAGCACUAUGUCUGGACGGCUGUUCCACUCCGGAAGAAUCGUCAUUGUGCUUGUCGGACCCCCAGCUCGAGGAAAGACCCACAUUUCUGUAUCCCUCUCCCGAUAUCUCCAAUGGCUUGGUGUCAAGACUCGGAUCUUUCACCUCGGAGACUAUCGUCGUGCUACCCUUCCCCCAGGAGCUGAGAUACCGGAUGACUACUUCUUCAUCAAUGCCUCGGCGAAGUCUGUUGUGCUUCGUCAAAAGAUUCUCAAGAAGUGUCGGGAAGACAUUUACGCCUGGCUCAAUCAUGAGAAUGGCCAAGUCGCCAUUUACGAUGCUGUCAAUCCUCUUUCAAACGGCCGGCGGUCACUAGAGAAGGAGUUCGCGAAGCAUGACGUCCAAACGCUAUUCUUAGAAUCUUACGUUACAGAUGAGAAGAUCCUUCGGGAGAACGCACGCAGCGUGAAGAUCUCGUCCCCAGAUGCAAGUUUGAAAAUGCCCAAACGGGUUGUUGAAGCUAAUGGGCCUCAGUUUGUGGAUAUGGAUCCAGAUGAUGCUGCAAAGCUUUAUCUCAAGCGAAUUGACACCAAAAUUCCAUACUUCGAGACCAUGGUAGAGUCUGAUCUAAACUACGUCAAGAUGAUCAAUGCUGGCGAGCGAAUCGAGUAUAAUAAUGUCUCAUUUGGAUAUCUCUCCCAUCGUAUUGUGUUCUACCUCAUGAACUUGCAUAUAAAGUCCCGUCAUACGUUCUUCGCUAGAGCUGGCACUUCAAGUCAAGAGGAUCAUUACAAGACCGAUGCUCAUCUCUCCGAAGAGGGUAAAGAUUACGCCAAGAAGAUGUCCGAGACACUUCUCAAGCAUCGUGAGGCAGAGAGAGCAGAUUUGAUUGCUAAUGGUAAUCCUGAUAUCCCCUUGAAGCCUCUCACGGUUUGGACUUCGACGAGAAAACGCACUGUUGAGACCGCUGAGUAUCUUGGAGAACGCGGUUUCAAAGUACGCCAACGGUCACAGAUGAGCCAGCUUAACCCAGGUGUCUGUGAAAAGCUGUCUGAAAACGCCAUCCGUCGCCUGUAUCCUGAUGAGGUUGGAAUGCACGAGCAGGACCCGUAUCAUCACCGAUAUCCACGAGCUGAGGUAUUAACUUCCUGUUGCCCAAAAUUCCUGGCUACAUCUGCUAAUGAUGCACAGUCAUAUCAUGAUCUUGCUGUCCGUCUUGAACCUAGCAUCUUGGAGCUCGAAAGAGAGCAAAAUGAUCUUCUCAUCAUCGCUCAUGAGUCGGUUCUACGUGUUCUCUACGGCUAUCUUAUGGCCUGUGAUGCUAUGAAUAUUCCAAAUCUCAGAUUCCCGAGGAAUGAGAUUAUCGAGAUCAUCCCUGCAUCCUACCAAAAUGAAGCCAAACGUAUCACUAUUCCUGGCGUCGCUUCCAACAUCGUUCCUGGUUCUCCGGAAGACAUUAGGAUCCCUGUGCCUUCCAGUGGUAUUGUCAGCCCAUUUCCGGGUUCUGGACUCGGUACUCCAGCUGAGCCCACCAAAACGUUAUCCCAAGAUGCAUUCGCUCCUGCAGCUGGUCAUUUUGAAGAGGGUUAUCUCGAUGGCGAAUCCGACAAGUCAAAGCCCGAUCGCAAACCAGAGAAUCCUCUAUCUAGAGAUUGA